UGCAUCAGAGCGCUGCGCCGCUCCUGACGGGACUCUCUGUGGAAACUUUGACAGGAGCUUUCCUCCAAAGCCGCGGCGAAUGUGUGAGUACAGGGCGUCCGUCCGUGUGGUUCCACCUUUCCUCAGAGCCGCAGCGAUGGAGCAGGACGCCGAGUGGGACACUGACCUCAUUUGGGAGCGGAGGAUGUGCUUGUGAAGGUGGACCGAGUGACAUGGAGCCUGAGUGGAACUGCAGCUCCCAGUGUGACUCGCCUCUCUGCUUCAGCGGCUCUGGAGUCCACCGGCCCGAGAGUCUGGAGGUGCUGCAGAGACUGUGCAGACUCGGCUCGACGGCAGCAGAGGUUCCUCGCCGCUCCCUCUCUCCAGUGUUGAGCGCCGUGGUGUGGACUCUGCUCUCAUGUGGCAUCCUGGUGGCCUUCUGCUUCUUCCUCUUCACUGUGCGCUUCAAAAACAACAGGAUAGUGAAGAUGUCCAGUCCCAACUUGAACAUCCUGACGCUCUGCGGGAGUCUGCUCACGUACUCCAGCGGCUUCUUGUUUGCCUUUGAGGCGCGAGCGCAGGGUGGAUCCCCGACUGUUGUCCUGCAGGCACGAGUGUGGACCCUCUGCCUCGGCAGCACCCUGGUGUUCGCUCCGAUCGUAGGGAAGACAUGGCGGCUCUACAGAGUGUUCACCCAGAGGCUUCCUGACAAGCGCGUGAUCAUACGGGACAUCCAGCUGAUGGGCUUGGUGGCGCUGCUGAUCCUGACCGACCUGCUGAUCCUGACGGCAUGGAACCUCUCUGACCCUGUCAGGUGUUCAAGAACCCUUGGAGCCACUGUGAAGCUGGUGGAGAAGGACACAUCUUUUUCGAUGACUCAGCAGGACACAUGUUCAUCUUCCUACUCACAUCUGUGGAUUAUGAUUAUUGCUAUGAAGAAGGGAUGCCUCCUCCUUUACGGGACGUACCUGGCGGGGCUGACCAGCAACGUGAGCCACCCGCCCGUCAAUCAGUCCCCGACGAUAAUAACCGCCGCCACUUUGGUCGCCGUCUGCUCCACGGUGGCUGUUCCCGUCUCCGUCUUUCUGGCGGCGUGGCCCAACCUGGUCUACAGCACCGUGGCGGGCGCCAUUUUCAUCUGCACCUUGGCCACCAACUGCAUGCUGUUUGUGCCCCAGCUGACUGAGUGGAGGCAGUUUGAGGAGGACCAGAACAACCCCAGCCAGAUGGCCAAGUACUUCAGCAGCCCCAGCAAGAGUCAGACCUCAGCAUACAGCCAGGAUGAGAUCUACUUCCUGCUCGGGGAGAACAACUCCAUGAAGAAACUGCUCAGUGAGAAGAAUGCGGUGAUUGACAGCUUGCAGGAGCAGGUGAACAAUGCCAAAGACAAGCUUCUGCUCCUGGUGUCAGCCAGCCAGCCGUCCCGGGACCAGGACGCGACCUCUUCAGCCGCUAACCUCAACUCCUCCUCCACUCAGACCACGGAGCUGCAGCCCUGCAGCCCCACUUCUCCUCUACCUCAGAGAGAGCAGCGGCUCUCUCCCGCUCUCCUCUCCUCUCCUCUGACUGCUGCUGCUGAGCCACUGCAGGCUUGCGCCACAUCCUCCGCCCCUGAUCAUGGCUGUCCAGAUGAGGACCUGCGGGCCCCAGGGUCCCUCGUGCCGCCCGGCUUCCUCAGGACACCACAGGAGACCGCUGAUUUUGUCACCUCACUUCAAUCUCAGAAGCUCCUGAGCCCCGCGGAGGUGGUCUCUUUCUGUAAUGGUCCAACAUCUCCACCGGCACCGAACUCUAGACUGGCUGGAUUUGUUAGCAGCGAGAAGCUGCAGGAAGUCCUUCAAGAGCUGAGCAUGGAUGCAGUCAUGGAGUCAGCUCUGAGGAGUCUCAGCCAAACAUCCAGGAGGCCGUCGGAGUCCCUGGCUUCUCCUCGCUCCCUUCUGUCUCCACGUUCUCCGAACCCUCCUGUUCUCUUCCGCUACCCGAGCAUUUCUCCGUACGCCAUGAGGAAACGCCGACCGCCGUUCCACUCCCCCAGAAGGGGCAUGACCCCGCCCUGCUUCUAUGCCGGUCCAGACAGUGCUACCUGUGGCAGGACGAGUCACUGUGAGAAAUCAGAAGAAGUCGACCUUCUAGAUCAAAACCUCGAGGAGCAGAGGAAUGUGGGAGGCGAUGAAAGGAUACCGAACAGGAACCCACCUCUGUGUCACAGUCCUCCACCUGAGGUUGGAGUGGAAGCAGAGCCUCCACGCAUCAGAGACCCGUGCCGGUACUGGGACUCGGACUCCAGCAGCUCCACAGACUUCUGCUUCUACCACCGGCCCUACUGCGACUCGUGCCUGCAGCGAGGCUCUCUGCUGACCUCGGACUCUUCCUCUGAUUCCUCGGACAGCGAGUACGAAGGCUUCAGCCUCUACCGCUCCCAGCACCCCGUGGUGUUCAAAGAAGACCUCAAACCCACCUUUGUAUAGGAGUCUCCUCCCUCCACAUGUAGAGCACUGAAUCAUUGCGUUCACAACAAAAUGGCCUGGUUAAAAAAAAAGAAAUCCGGAAUGUUGGUUUUGCUGCCGACCUAUAGCUUUCACUCCAGUAAGGAGGAUUACAACAAAUCAGGGGGUCCUAGCACGGACCCUGUGGAAAACAAGCCGUCGCCUAGAACAGAUUUUUUAUGCUCGAUUUGGGUCAUUUCACUUCUUGACUCGCUGUAUUUUCGGACAUUCUUGAACUCGUAACAAACCUGCUUGGUUGCAUUGUAGCACGUCAGGUCUGGAGCACAAAACUUUCCCUCUCAGAUUCCCUAUAGACUGUUGAAGAAAACAUGAAGCUUCUUUUGCAGCAUUUUUUUCCUCUUCAUCUGCGAAGAGAAGAAGAUUGGCUGGCCGUACAGAGCCUCUUGAAUCUUCCAACUGAAAACAGACCAUCAGAAUUAUCAACAGUUGCGCCUCAUGUAUGAAAAUGACCACUUCUGUAUCACGUUUCAUAAAGAAUUGUGCAUAUUACAGCUCCAGCCUGCUCACUGCGGGAGGCCUGUGAACGGAAUGUUCACUGUUAAAACUGUCGCCAAAGUUUUGCAGAGCUUCAGCAGGACAUCCAAAGGUCACAUCUGCCGCCAUCAUGCGAGGGAUCUUACUGUUACUGUCGCACUUUGAUCAAAUCUACGAACGAACUGGUGAUGUUUAAUUUCAAUUCAAAUGAGGAUUUUGGUGCUGAUAUUUUAGAAACACUGUAGCACAAAAUGGCAUUCAUAUUCAUUUGUGGUCGUAUUUAUUUGAAUAUUUAUUUACCGAGCCGGUUUAUUAAUUUGUCUGCUUUUAUUUUGUUUUAAGUUUUUACUAUUUUGUGAGUUUGUACAGUAUAUUUUAAUUAAAAACCAUUCCAUAUUUUUGUCCCUCAGAAAUAAAUAAUUGACCAUUUAAAAAAAUGAAAUAAGGUAACUUUAAAUCAUAUUCGUCCACCCAAAGUUUCCAGAAACAUUCACUAAACUCCAAUUUCUUUUUUUUUUUACAAGCAAAUGAUGCUUGAUCUUCCUGUGUCUAUCAUUAUUUUUGCUCUGAUGCUUAUUUUCCAGACCCUUUUUUUUCCAAGCAGCCUAUGAGGAUUUUAUUUUCUCUAAGACACAUUUGUGAUGCAGCACAGUGUGGAGACUUUCCUUCAAAGCGAUAAUGAAACAGACUUUUGCGACAUCCAUCCAAUACCUGUAUAUCCAACAUUAACAUGUGAUGGUUUAUUUUGAUGUUUAUAGGGUGUUCGUUGCAGAUAAAAAUGCAG